AUGUAUACCAACUGCUCGACCACUAUAUGGAAUGUUCACUGUACUUGUCCAUCAUUCUCUCCAUACACGCUGUCCAACGACGAGAAGGUGUUAUCAUCGGUAAAACUGAUCCAAUCGUUUAGUGGCGUAACCAAGUGCGAGGUGGACGACAUAUACCGGUUCACAUUGACCGUGCGCAAAAACUACCGCGCCGUGCCCUAUCACAAUUGGACACAUGGGUAUAGCGUGGCCCAGACUAUAUACCGGCUAACGUGGGAGUGUGAUCAUUUUUGUCCCCUGGAAAAGUUCUCAUUUUUUGUGGCGGGCCUGUGCCACGAUCUAGAUCAUCGGGGCACUAAUAAUCAGUUCUUAGUCACUUCUUGCGCAUCAUUGGCCGCCCUGUACUCCACCAGCCCUCUAGAGUAUCAUCAUUUCAAUCAAACAGUGUCUAUACUCCAGCAAAACGGAAUGAAUAUAUUGAAAAACAUGUCGUCGGAGGACUACAAGACAGUGUUGGCCAACAUUAAGCACUACAUAUUGGCCACAGAUAUGGCCAAGUUUUUUGGCACAAGCAAAAAGCUAAACACACAGGCUACUAAUGGCACGUUUAACUGGGCCAACCCUGAGCAUAAAUUACUGCUGUCAUCGUUGGCAAUGAAUGGGGCGGACCUGAACUCAACGGCGCUGCCCUGGGCGGAGGCGCGGCUAAAGACCAAGGAGCUUUUUGACGAGUUUUACGCCAUGGGUGAUAGUGAGAGACAGGCGGGUCGGGAGCCCAUAGCGCUAAUGGAUAGGCUUAAACUCGACGAACAGCCCCGCACUCAAGUCGAGUUCCUCGAGAACGUGUCCAUACCGUGUCUAAAGUUGGUCAAUCAGUUUUUGCCUGAGGCCCAACCCUACCUUGAUCACUCGUUUGAAAACCUAGAUCAUUGGCGUGAAUUAAUGAAGGAGUCAGAGAAAAAGCGAGCUUGUUUGAUCAGGAUGAAUGCUGAGGACAUGGAGAGCCCGGUGUCUAUGCCAAAGAUUGGAGGAGUCGAGAAGGCCAAGUCAUUUAGGCUGUAAAUUCAUUAUUAUGAAUAUAUUUCAUUAUGGUUUG